AUGGGCACCGUUCACAUCUUGAUCUUUCGCCACACAUCUGAAUAUCGGGUUAAAACUCGACAUGUUUGGGUCACACCCUUUUUUCACCAUGGCAUUAACCACCUUCACUGCCUCACCUCUGUUCCCAUCCCUACAGUGAGCAUCUAUCAAGAAAUUAUACGUUAUGACAUCAGGCUCGCACGAGAGUUUCCUCAUCUGGUUGUACACUUGGAGCACCUUCUCAGUCCUCCCGGCUUUUACAUGGACACGCAUCAGAUUAUUAAAAGUAGCCGCAUUUGGGGGACAGCCCACAUCAAGCAUUUCAGCAAACACGUCAUGUGCGCGUGUUAUCUGCCCACACCUGCAGAGAGCAUCAAUCACGGCCGUGUAAGUGUACACAGUCGGCUCAAUCCCUGUUUUUUUCAUUUCCAUAAAUACCCUUUCGGCCUCGUCGAUAUUACCAGCACGGCACCACGCGUGGAUCAGGCUAGUGUAGACCACGACAUCAAGCUCGAAUUU